AAAAUUAAUCUGCAACCGAAGGUGUCCAACCAAAUUCCUCGCCGCCAUAAAAUAGGCCGCUUCUUGCUUCGCGCCCGUGUGUCGCGAGACCUCACGAGCCACGAGUAGCAGUCACCCACCUCCUGUCACGCUUCAGAGCUUCGUUUGGUUGCUGGGAGAGAGUAACAAAAUUUGAAAUCCAACUUCUUUCCUUUGUUCCGUUCCUACAAACCCCUUGUUCUUUUUUCUUGGUAACCAAACAGUAAAAUCCUGGUUCCUCGCUAGCUAGGGUUUCGAUUAUUCUAUUACAGCAUUCCUUCUUUACCCAAUUAAUACAGCUGUCGUCGAUCUGUUUUUAAACAGGGGUUUUAACAAGUACUAGCUGAAUGAGGUUUUAAGCUUUAAAGUUUUUUAGGGUUUGCUAAUUAGGGUUUUAAUAUAACAAUGGCCGAUCGCAGCAAUAUCAAUAACAUCAAUAACAGCAACAACAACGCCGUUGCCAAGCCGAUAUGGAUGAAGCAAGCUGAGGAGGCUAAGCUAAAGAGCGAGGCCGAGAAAGCCGCCGCUGCAAAAGCCGCAUUCGAGGCUACAUUUAAAGCCGUGCCUAACAAGCCUGAUAGACCUUCAGAUUCCGAUUCAGAUGGAGAAGAAGCAGAGGAGGACUUGGCUAAUAAGCCUAUAGGACCCGUGGACCCCGCCAAGUGCACUGCUGUAGGAGCGGGAAUUGCUGGUGGGACUGCUUGUGCUCCUUCUACGUUCAUGGUGGUGACAAAGGACGGUGAUGGGAGGAAGGUCCCACAUGGCGGCGCGCAGAUUAAGGUGAAGGUGUCGCCUGGGGUGGGUGUUGGGGGAAGUGAGCAAGAAGGGAUUGUGAAGGAUAUGGGAGAUGGGACUUAUACAGUCACUUAUGUUGUGCCCAAAAGAGGGAAUUACAUGGUAAAUAUUGAUUGUAAUGGUAAACCUAUCAUGGGUAGUCCCUUCCCCGUGUUCUUCAGUGCAGGCACUUCAACUGGAGGACUGUUGGGUAUGGCUCCAACAUCUACAUUUCCAAACUUAGUCAACCAGACCAUGCCAAACAUGCCAAAUUAUUCAGGCUCUGUUUCUGGUGCAUUCCCUGGAUUACUAGGAAUGAUUCAAGGUGUUGUUCCUGGUGCUUCCGGUGGUGCUAUUUUGCCUGGAAUUGGAGCAUCUCUUGGUGAAGUUUGCCGUGAGUAUCUUAAUGGUCGGUGUGCAAAAACUGAUUGCAAGCUGAACCAUCCGCCACACAAUUUGCUAAUGACUGCAUUAGCUGCAACAACCACAAUGGGAACUCUUAGUCAGGUGCCUAUGGCACCUUCAGCAGCUGCAAUGGCUGCUGCUCAAGCUAUUGUUGCUGCCCAAGCCUUGCAAGCCCAUGCUGCUCAGGUGCAAGCACAAGCCAAAACUGCCAAAGAUUCAUCUGGUUCACCUGACAAAGCUGGGAAGGAAGAUGCACUGAAGAGGACACUUCAAGUUAGCAAUCUCAGCCCACUUCUGUCAGUGGACCAUCUGAAACAACUAUUUAGCUACUUUGGCAAAGUUGUUGAAUGCACCAUUACUGAUUCGAAGCAUUUUGCCUACAUAGAAUACUCAAAACCUGAAGAAGCAACUGCUGCUUUAGCAUUGAACAAUAUGGAUGUUGGACAUCGCCCCUUGAAUGUUGAGAUGGCUAAAUCGCUUCCUCAAAAAUCAGCUUUGAAUUCUUCACUGGCUUCAUCUUCUCUGCCAAUGAUGAUGCAGCAAGCUGUUGCCAUGCAACAGAUGCAAUUUCAACAAGCAUUGCUUAUGCAGCAAACUAUGACUGCACAGCAGGCAGCUAACCGAGCUGCAACCAUGAAGUCUGCAACAGAAUUAGCUGCAGCCAGAGCUGCAGAAAUCAGUAAAAAGUUAAAAGCUGAUGGAUUUGUCGAAGAAGAGAAGGAAACAAAAAAAGAGUCUAGGUCACCAUCCCCAUCUCGGGCAAGAUCCAGAUCUAAGUCAAAAUCACCGGUUAAUUAUCGACGAAGGCAGAGGUCUCCUACUUACUCACCCCCUCCUCGCCACCAUAGAGAUCGUAGAUCCAGGUCACCUUUAAGAUCUCGUCAUCGCUUCAGGUAUGAUAAUGAAAGGCGGAUGUAUAGAGAUAUUAGGGAUGAAAUUGACAGAACUAGAAGGUGGGAUAGAUCAUACGAUCGCCAUUCUUCCGUUUCACGGAGAAAUAGGAGUAGGAGUGUGAGCCCUCGAACAAAAAAGUCCUAUAGAGCUGAUUCAGGCUCACCAAAACGGCGUCGUGAAAGUUCGCCUUCCAGAACGAGAAAAUCAUCCCAUGGCAGUUCAAGAUCACCAAGGCAUCAUAUAGGAAGCAGGUCAUCCCCAAGAAAUGACAGUGAUAAUAAACUAAAAUACAGAAAACGCUCUAGGUCCAAAUCUGUGGAUGAUUCCAUUGACCGAGUAAAAGAAACCCGAGAUGAAAAAUCAAGGCAACCUGAAAGGAGAUCUAGGUCAUUAUCUGUGGAAGAGAAGAACAAUGGAAUCAAGUCGUCUCCAAGAAGUUCAGAUGACAAUGAACGAAAACACAGGAGGCGAUCAAGGUCAAAGUCUGUUGAAGCACAGCAUUGCUCAAAUGAGAAGGUGAACGAAACCAGGGAGGAAAGAGUGAAACGUCGUGAUAGAAAGAGGUCCAGGUCAAGAUCUAUUGAAGGCAGGCGCCACUCCAGGGAAAAAGGAGAUGAAAACAGAGAUAGGAAGUCUAAGCACCGAGACAGGAAGCGGUCUAGAUCAAUGUCCGCAGAGGGUAGGCGUCACAGAGGAAGCAGGUCAUCCCCAAGAGGUGGGAGUGAAAAUAAAUCAAAGCAUAGAAGGCACUCGAGGUCAAAAUCUCCAGAAGGCAAGCGCCGCUCUAGUCAUAGGAUGGAUGAAAAUAGGGAUGAAAAAUCAAAACAUCGUAACAGAAGACGGUCAAUGUCUGUUGAAGACAAGCCUGGCAGAUCUCCAAGAGGUUCAGAGGAAAAUAAAUCAAAACAGAAAAGGCGUUCUAGGUCAAGAUCUUUAGAUCGCAAGUAUCACUUCAGUGAUAUGAAGGAUAUAAACACAGAUGGAAGUUCACAUCAGGAAACUGAAAAUCAGAUUGGGGAACAAGAUUCUAUUGUGACAGAUGCAACUAACAUGCAGGACAGUAGGAUGUUUCCUUCAAAAUUUGAUGACUGUGAUUUAAAGGAACUGAAAGAAAAUGUGGUAAUGGAUGAUAAUGAAGACAAGAGGAGCAGCAGACGCAUGUCAAAUUUUGAUAGUAAGAAAGAAGGACUCACUGGACACAAUGAAUAUAAGAUUCCAACUCAGUUGGAUAAAAUUGAUUGAUUUGGUCAAGCAAGGACCUAGAAUAUAUAGCUAGAGGAGUGGUUGAUGCUUGAGGAUGAUACUUUCUCUUAGUUCCAGAAUGGAGUACAGGGAAAUAGCUGCAUUAUAGCUGAUGCGGGCUCGAGUUUCAGUGUUGAAAAGACGAACUGAAAGGAAUGCUGAAUUGGACAACUUAUUGGAAGUUAAUUUAUUGGAAUAAACGGAUAAGCACAUAUUUUAUGAGUUUGUCGAGAUGCAUGAACUUAGAAUUUUGAGGAAUGGGCCUUUGCAACAUGAAGGGUGUUUUCUUAGAAGACAUAUUAGUGUUUCUUUGGUGCUCAUAUUUUCCUGCUUGUAGUCGGCUCCUUAUAAAUAUGCGCACUUUGUGUUUGUUUAUCUUUGCAGGUCCUCUUGUAACACACUGGAACUAGGGUUUGAAGCAUUGUUCCGACCCUGGAUUAAAUAUUUCAGGAGCUGUUCUGCUGUUGUCUUCAUCAACCUUUCAAUCUUAGUAGCAAGCUUCUAUUUCUGCUAGAUGUAUGUUGGACUAUUACCUCUAUUGCUGCAUUGUAGACUUUUUGAUAAAUUUGUUUGUUUGAAGGAUCAUUUGAGUUGCCUUUCUUUUUCCUUUUCUUUUUUCCCUUUUCUAGAUUUGCAUUAUUUAUUUGUUUAAGCUAGAAUCUUUAAUGAAGUCGCUAAUAAGUUUGAAAAUAUUGAUUUAUUAGUUAUGUGCCAGUUAGGUUGCCAUGGAAUGUCUUUUGGUUGAGAUCAUAAGCACAUCAUCAGUGUCUGAUAAAGUGAAGUCUGGGCACAGAACUUCUUCACCCCUUCCCUUUUUUUUCUGACUGAACCCUGUAUGAUUUAGGUCGAACUGUCGAUAUUUACAGUCUUUAUUUCAUUUUAUCACUCUUUAAGGUGAAAACAUACAAUGUAUGUAGUAGGUUGAUCAUAGGCUCAGCUUUAUUUUCCUUUGAUGGUGUGGUGGGCCUGUCAUCUCCCAAAUACAUGCAGGUCAUACAUGGUGUUAUUACUGGAGCUUCUGAGGAUCCGUGUUGCACAAUUGAAAUUUACUGAUGCAAAUAAAGGUAUGCAGUCAGUAUUAUGGGGGCUCAUGUAUCUAGCUUUCGGUCCAUCUUGGAACUUUUUGAGACUUGAUUAAUUAAUUGGGUUGGAUAUGUUUGGCAGUAAUGUAACUUCUGCCAUUAUGUCAUAAAGCCUUGUGCCUUACUCUUUUCCAUAUCUCUCUUUUUUUUUCUUCUUUUUCCCCCUUUAUUUUUUUUUCCCUUUCUUUCCUCCCCAAGGUAUUUUCUUGGUUAUUGAAGCUACUUUUGAGGUCAAGUGAAACCAGAUGUCGCAGAGAUGAAUGAAUAGCUUUACAAGUGCAAAAUGUUGAGUAUGAGCAGAUUGGCUAACUUUAAAUAUUACGGUGAAAUGCAAAGUUGGUUUUUGACAGGUAACCUCUGAUUAAACUGUUGGGUUCAUUCUGUUUUGUGAUAAAUUGUUUAGUUAUAUUUUAUUUUCUGGACAUACAUAUUUUGAAUAUGAUGAAUACUUCCUAUGGUAAUUUAUUGUUAGCUAUUGGUAAAACUUCUCUUCUUGGACAAUUGUCUCUUAUCCAAAGUAACUGGGUAUUCUUAUGCUUGCUGGAUUGCAUUUUGCUUUUUAGUUGAAUAUAAUUGCCAUGGGUUUUCUUUUACGACUCUUUUCAGCUUGGUUGUCAAAGACUCAUAGUCCACGUUUGGGAAAUGAUUCCCUGUUUUUAACGCAAAAAUUCAGGCCAGUCAGCUAUAGCUGUCUGCAUUGCACUUUUAGGAACACACUGAUUGAAAUACAAAUACUAUAUUUUAUAUUUCUGCCGGUCUCCGACUUGUUUUUACUCAUUCUUGCUUGUUUGUUGGUUUUUGAAUGCAUGUAAACAACACCAGUCAGAGCUUUGAACUUAAGAAAAUAAUUAGAUGCCCCGGCCUGGAGGAGCACCUAAUAAUUUCUCCUGAACUUUUGUGGACAUAUCUGAUUUACUUAUUUCUAACUUUUUUUUUUUUUUUUUUUAAAUUUCCACGUGUGGAAAUAUAGUAUUUUUCUUUUUCUUUUUUCUCUUUCCCUUCUCUCCUCCCUGUUUCUUGUUAGGAUGGGCAUGGAUAUGAUGGAACUUUGUUCUGUAUUGUGGAUGCGCAUGGAGCAAGCAUUUUCAUUUUAUUUUAUUUUUUUAAAAAAAAAAAAGAAAAAUACAGAAUUCUCUACUCUUUGCUCAGCCAGCUGCUUUAAGAAAACGUAAUCUUGCUGUGCUAUUUAACGAUCUUCGCACACAGGCUCUGCCUAGUGUGUUUUUUUAGUGCUUGGAAUAGAGUUGGGGACUUGAUUGUAACCCUUUGUAGAUAAAUUAAAAUUAAAAGGAUUUAGGCUGGCCAGUCUGAAUUGUAUAAUCUUAGGGUGGCAAGCGGGCAAAGUUAAAUGUGCUCGAUGAAAACUAGUGUUAUAUUUUUCUA